GUUCACUGUCAUUUCUACAAAUAUAAUGUCCUUUAUUCAGCGAACCAUUUGGCAAUGACGUCCAGUGUUCAGACGUAAUGGGUCUAUUCGACGAAUUACCCGGGACAUAUGAACUGAAAUGGGGCCCGGACAAAUGGCGCAGAAUCAGAGAGUGCACCGUCUUGUGAAGGCUGAUGAAUGCACAACUGAUCGCGGAAGCAAGUAAACAUUGAUUGAAACCAAAUUCUCAUAUUGGUCAUCAAGAAAAAAAGAUGACAAGCUCAGUGCUAUAAAGACAGCCUCGAGUACACGAAUUCGGUCGUGAGCUCUUGUCGUACGCUGCAGGAGAUCGCAGCCCGAGUGGGAGGGGAUGUGGAAGCUGGAUGCUGGGAGACAAGAUGGGAUUAUGAUGUCUGGUUUCGGGAGUGGAAGCACCUACCGAUGCUCGUGUGGACUGAACGGGGGCUGAAGGGUGGGUCUGUGUGUCCAUUGGAUGCGCUGUAGGGCUCGACGCUGGAUGAUCUGAUGCUGCAUGGGCGCAUUGUGAUAUGGGACCGAGAGAGCGAUCGUUUUGAAACACCGAGGCUAUACACUACACUCCGAUGGAUUCCAGGAGACCGUGAAGGGAAACUCUUCAGAAUAAAUACCAGCAAAAAACGCCGAGGCUCGAGGAACUUGGAAAGGGGGCGUGGCCUACAUCUACCCGGGGAACACCAGUGGGGGAUUUUUUUUUAUAGCCCUAUAUAGGCCUUAUAUGUGUGUGCGUGUUUGUGUGUGCAUGUGUGUAUGUGUUUGUGUGUUAUCCAGAGGAGCUAAUCGGUUGAAAAACGUAACCGGAAAGAUACCUCUGCAUCAGUAAUUAGGACACAGGACACAUCGAUACCCGCAACCCGGAUCAGCCAAACCCCGGCCCGCUGGAGCCUCCGCAGGUACCAGAGCCGGUCUGCGCUAUCGACUCGACAGAUAUCUGGAAUAGGUGUUGGGAAGAAGGCCGUUGAGGAGCUAUCUUGUCUUGUGGAACGCGGCUGAGGACGGUGGGAGAGACAGGGCCGGCUGGAGCCCACCUCGUGUGCCGUGUUGCUGCACCCCAGCCCGGGCAGUCAAAGGACCGGGGGCCAGGUGCGGUAUAAGGCCGCCUCGAUGAGCGUCUCAUCCCGGGACAGCGCACCUCGAGCCCGACCGGAGCGUCCACAGCGCCGCGGAUAGAGGAGGGCGACACGAACAGCGGCCGGUUCAGGAGUUUUAAUGCAUAUGAUCACAACCACCAUGAUUUUUAUGAUUCUUGGUGCUUCGAUUGUGAUGGCAGUAGCCUGUUUAAUGGACAUGAACGCGCUACUGGACCGCUUUCACAACUACAUCUUACCGCAUCUCCGGGGGGAAGACCGCGUCUGUCACUGCAACUGUGGAAGACAUCACGUUCACUAUGUGAUCCCGUACGACGGCGAUCACUCGUUGGUGGACUCCUCGGAGAACUACUUUGUGAGUGACAGCGUGACCAAGCAGGAGAUGGACUUAAUGCUGGGCUUGCUGCUGGGCUUCUGCAUCAGUUGGCUGCUGCUGUGGAUGGACGGGCUGCUCCACUGCGCCGUGCGGGCAUGGAGAGCUAGCCGCUACUACGACACCCCCUCCUGGUCGUGGCUCCCCCAGUUCUGCAACCUGCGGGACCUGAGGCGUCGCUCCCAACACCGGCAGCUCGAGGACUCCAGUGGCAACAUGGUGCACAUCAAGCAGAAGCUCUACCACAACGGCCACCCCAGCCCCCGCCACCUCUGAAUCUGAAACGCCCCAAGGACUCAAGUAAAAUACAUUCCCCCACCCCCCACUCCCUAUCCCGCCAACCUGAAAAUACUUCUUCCCUUCUCCCAUUUUAAGUCCCUGAAACUGCUCCAUUGCCAACAGAUGCCUCAGAUCCUGGAGAAAACUGUCCUGCUCUACCACUUGUACGACCACUUGUACGACCACUAGUGCUAUCACUAGUAGGACACACUAGUGCUACCACUAGCACGGUCAAUUGUACGACAACUAGUGCUAUCACUGGUACGACCACUGGUACGACCACUGGUGCUAACAUUAGUGCCACCACUAGUGCUAGCACUUUUGCUACCACUAUUGCUAGCACUUGUGCUACCACUAUUGCUAGCACUUGUGCUACCACUAUUGCUUUUGUAAGACCACUAGUGCUAGCACUUGAAGACCACUAGUGCUAGCACUUGUAAGACCACUAGUGCUAGCACCUGUCAAUCCCUAGUGUUACCACUAUCGCCAGCACUUGUGAGACCACUAGUGCUAGCACUGGUGCGACCACUUGUGCUAGCACUUGUGCGACCACUAGUGCUAGCACUUGUCAACCACUAGUGUGACCACUAGUACGACCACUAGUGCUCCAACUAGUGCAAACACUUGUGCGACCACUAGUGCUACCACUUGUAAGACCACUAGUGCUACCACUUGUCAACCAAUAGUGCAAACACUUGUGCGAACACUAGUGAGACCACUUGUGCUACCACUAGUGCGGCCACUGGUGCUACCACUGGUGCUACCAAUACUGCGACCACUUGUAAGACCACUAGUGCGACCACUUGUAAGACCACUAUUGCUGGUCAUACCACUUGUACUUGUGUAACCCAGACACCCACUAAUGGCCCCCGUCCCGUCAUAACGUGACUUUCUUAGGACAAAG